AUGGCGUCAGCAUCAAUCAUGUCGUCGUCAAACAAAUCCCGUACUUCUGGUGCUGCUGCUAAACCAAUCCGUCUUCAACUUGACCCAUUGCGCUUGCACGAGCCCGCGCGAAAGAAACUGUCGACAAUUGAAACACAACGGAUUAUGAUUGUUUUCGAUGAUCUUGUGCAGAAAAUGGAAUUAAUCGAACUUCUACCCAUUAUCGCAGCACAUGCUGAUCUUUUCAAAUCGGUCAUUGAUAGUGAAUCAAUGAAUGAGAUAAAUCGACAUGAGCAAUUGAAACGAGCCUACGAAGCACAUGAAUCACUUCAAUCAGUAAUGAACAUCAUCGAAAAAUUGCCACAAUUUGAAAAUUAUACACGGCGGUUUGGUAAAUCGUUGUCGAGCAAUACCAGUGAACAAAUCGCGUAUCAUUAUUAUAUGCAACAAUCGAUUCGUAAUGUUCUUCGUCGACUUCUUCAUGAACAAAAUCGUCUUGAGAUGAUUAAACGUAUAUUACAAAGCAAUAAUUUAUUACCCAAACAAAAAGAAGUGAUGAAUGUGUUGAAACUAUUACGAGAUUCUGCUAUGGAACGAUUUCUGACCACUCCACUCGAAGAACGUGAGAAAGGUGAACAAAUCAAAAGUUUAAAUGCACGUUUGGCUGCUAAUGAAACUGUUAUUGCUAAACUUGAAAAAGAACUCAAUGAUGCCAUUGCCGAUCGUGAUGCUGAGGUAUGUCAUUGA